AUGGACAACGCUCCUUCACACAUUGUUGCUGACCUGGAACUCAUCAACAUCACGGUCCAGGUUCUUCCUCCUAAUACGACUUCAAAGGUCCAACCCAUGGAUGCUGGGAUUAUUGCCGCAUUCAAGAGGCACUACCGCCGGCUGCAUCUGCAGAAUACCUUGGACCGUGACGAGCGCGGAGAAACCAACCUUUACAAGGUUGAUCAGCUCACGGCCAUGCGUUGGUCGCUGGCUGCGUGGAGCGAGAUUUCCAGUGCCACAAUCGCCAACUGCUUCCGUCAUACGGGACUCAUGGACGGUCCGGCUCUGCCGACUGGUGGGGGUGAAAACGAAGCCGGCACUGUUGGCCAGCAGGCCCAGCAGGAGGCAGCAGCUGCUGCAGUAGAGGAGAAGCGCGUGGAACAGGAUCUUGUUUCGGCGCUGGAAAGGCUUCCGCUCCGCAAUCCCAUGUCGAUCGCUUCUCUUCUCAAUCCGGCUGAGGAGGAGGAGACGGCGCAUGCGGAGCUGACCGAUGCCGAAAUCAUCAAGCUUGUUGAGGAUCCGUAUGGGGAGGAGGAAGGUGCUGCUGAGGCGGAGGAGGAGGUGGAAAAGCAUUCGAAGGCUGAAAAGCUUGCCAGCCUUAGUCUAUCCAUCGCCCUUCUCGACCUUUCUCAGGAGUCCCAUCGUAUAGCUCACCGGACCCUUCGCCAAGUCCAAGCUGAUCUCCGUAGUGCGAGCACCACUCAGGCCACACUUGAUUCCUGGCUGAAGUAG